GUUUCCUUUAAUUGAUUAUAUUAUCUUUUAAUUUUUAAUUUUGGAUUCUCUGGUAUCUUAUACGGAGUAAAUUAUAGGUAGGUUAGAAAUUUAUAUUGCCUUCUAGAAACAGAAAAUAUGAUUCCGGAUAUGGAAGAAGUAAUAAGAAAAAAAGAAUCUAAGAGUUGAUUCUAUCUAAGAAAGAGCCUUUAGAAAAAAUUAUAACAAAAGAGACUAAACCAAUUGGCUUUAGAAGUAAACGAUGCUUUCAAGAUUACCUUUUAUUUUAUUUUUAUUAGUACUUAGUUAUAUUAAAUAUUAGGGUCUAUGAUUUUUAUUUUGAACAGGGCCUCCGAUUUGUCAGGACCGGGCCUGUCUGGUAGAAUGAGACGAGCGCUUUUGAAAUUGAUUGCCGAAUGGCGUAGAUCUGGGAAGUUUGACCUCCGCCUUUGACGCGGAUGCGCAUGUCGACUCCGGCGAAACGGUUCCGUCCUAGGAGGAGAAUGGGCUCGAGAGCCUUGUAACGGAGAUUAUCUGGCUGGAUCAACUCGAUUGGAGAGCCGUUGAUCUUGAUUAGUCCACGGCCGCGUUUGCACUGAGUCACGGCAACCGCAGUCUUUUUACGACCGUAGCAUUGAACUAAUUCAAUCGGCGCCGCCUCCAUUCUGGUGGUUCUUCUCUGCCGCGGGAUAGAUUAACCCUAGUCUUCAGCCUGCGUACAGAGUAAUCUCAAACUUCGUUCUGCAGGGUUUAGGAGGUUUCAUAACUCAGGCAGAUGGUUAAAUGGAGAAGGCCUAUUAACAACUUCAAACUGAAUGUUGAUGCCUCGUUUUUACCUGGUUCGGCGAAAGGAGGUGCCAUCCUUCGAAAUCGUGAGGGGAGCUGGUCUGGGCUACUUGCUUCAAAGUGACUGCUGCAACGAGUGAAGACGCAGAACUUCAAACGAUUAUCCGUGCUGCGUCUAUGGCGAUGGAAAUGGGUUUUGAUGGCUUUCAGGUAGAAUCAAAUGCGGUUGGCGUUAUUUCUAUGCUUAAGGACGAUUCAGGAAAGUAUGCAGGCAUUCAGGCCUUUAGAAGAAAGGCGGUUGGGAAGAGAAUUACUUUUGGACAUGUUUUCAGGGAAGCGAAUGGGCCGGCACAUCAUUUGGCGGGCUUAUAUAUUCAGGCGGCUCACUCUAUUCUUUUUUAUUCGGUACGGAAUAUGCAUUCUACAGUUAAAUCUAGCUAUUAUGCUUAUCUCUUUGGGUUUCCAUACUUUCGUAUUUAAUUUUUUCCUUCAUGUAUUGUUCUUUAUAUGUUUGGACUGCUUUAUUUUUGUCUUUAAUUUCCUCGGGAGAGGUUUUGGUCUUGUCCCCCUCUCUUCUGUACUCAACAUGCUUAUCAAUAAAAUAACGGCAUAUGACUCCCGACAUUUGCCUCACUAAUUUUGGUGGUUUGUCUUCCGGG